AUGGCGGAAUCCUCGAGUGCCAACCCAUCCGAAGGCGAGCAGUUGGGAAGAAAAGCAGGACUCGCGGCCGCUGUCAACGCGCUGCAUGUCGAAUCAUCGAGCCAAAUCAAAUUCAAACCUCAGACGCAGGUGAUUAAGCUGUCCAAGGCCCACAAGGCUCUUCCCCAUGUCUACCGAGUCCUGCAGAACGAAUUGGUGCAUGACACUCGCGCAAAAGCAAGUCUCGCCGCAAAUCACGCCGGUGCUGGCUCUCGUGGACUCGUUAACUACGACUCUGAUGGUGGCAGCACCCCGACCCAAGCCACUUUCAACGCAAGCCUACUAGCCAAUAAGGCCAAAAUUCCCACCAAGAGUUCGUUUCCUACGGUAGUGAAGUGCACAAUCGUCGACGAGAAUGGUAGCAAGGACUGGGUCUUCCAAGACGAGCUCGUGUUGGCCGAGCGAGACAUCAGCCUCAAAGCCAUGUAUGUGGCAGCCAAGAAAGUACGAGAAGCCGCCACUCCCGAGGAUAGACUUGCUAGGCUGUCAGAAAUGAGUUCCUGGGUCGAUAAACUGCCAAAUGACGUGGAAGAAGAGCAGGACGAGUUGGAAAAGAAGCAGAAGAAGAUUGCAGCCAAGCAACAGAAUCUCAAGGAGCUUUUAGAGCUGUUCGACGAGGUCCGGACUGUGUUCUAUUAG